GAUAACUUUCUGACCCAGAUCAGAAAACCGAAUACCAUUGCAUUAUUUAUAUUACUAUUCCGAAGGUCAGGUUUUCCUUUUCAUCCUGUAUUUGGGUGUCUCGAUUUUUCUCGUCCAAUCCAAUUUGUUGAGGAAUCAGAAAAAGGUUUAGGUUAUUUGCUGAUAAUAUUUUGAAGAAAACAUGACAACUGCUGCUAGACCGACAUGGCAACCUGCCAAAGGUGGGAAUGAACAAGGUGGUACUCGCAUUUUCGGCCCAUCUCAGAAGUAUUCGUCGAGAGACCUUGCUGCUCAUACUACUCUAAAGCCUAGAAAGGAUGGGCAGGACACCCAGGAUGAGUUGCAGAAGAGAAACCUCCGUGAUGAGCUUGAAGAGCGUGAAAGGAGGCAUUUCUCGUCGAGGGACAAGUCCUAUAAUGAUGACAGAGAUCAUAGGAAGGGAAACCAUCUUCUUUUGGAAGGGGCGAAAAGGGAGGCUGAAGACCGAAUUGUUCCGCGCAGUGUUGAUGCUGAUGAUUCUGACGUGGAAGUCAACAGUGACAAUGAAAGUGAUGACGACGACGACGACGACGAUGAUGAGGAUGAUGAAGAAGCUCUCUUGGCUGAGCUCGAACGGAUAAAGAAAGAGAAGGCUGAGGAGAAGCUCCGCCAGGAAAAACUAGAGCAAGAGGAACAGCUAAAAGCCAAAGAAGCUGAGCUUCUUCGAGGAAAUCCACUACUCAAUAAUCCAACAUCUUUUGGUGUAAAAAGAAGGUGGGAUGAUGAUGUGGUGUUCAAGAACCAGGCUCGCGGUGAAACCAAGCCUCAAAAGCGCUUCAUUAAUGAUACCAUAAGGAAUGACUUCCACAGGAAAUUCCUGCUGAAAUACAUGAAGUAAUUCGCUUGGAUACCCUAGCAGUUAGCGAAUCAAGUAAAAGAACUUACUGUUUUCUAAUAUUGUGAAUUUCUAGUGGAUUUGACGAUGCUUUACCUUUCCUAGAAUAUGCGAUGAUGUGUGCUGGAACGUAUGAUAUCUCUUAGAUGCAUAUUAGAAUGUUGUAUUUUUUCUUGAUUUGGUUAAAAGACUUGCUGAAAGAAAGAUCUCAUGGCUUUUAUUUUCA